CCUUGUCUUAGUCCCGCUCAACCAUAACCUUUCAACCGGCUUGCGGGAGUUUGUUGCUCUCCACAGCGUUCGCUCGCUACCUGCCAACAUGCAGCGGCUGAUCUUGGAUCCUAUGUCGUACCUAGAAGGAGGGGCAGUGGGAGCAGGACAGAGAGAGGCUGCUGUUCCUACCGACACUAGGGUUCGCUUCCUUUUGAAAGGUUCCCUCAACGAAGAUCAGCUCAUAGCAAUCCGCUCCUGUCUUGAUCCUCGCAGAUGCUUCAAUCUCAUUCAGGGACCGCCAGGAACAGGCAAGACGCGAACAAUCCUUGCUCUCGUCGCUGCACUCUUCGCUCCCACAGUCCGAGCGGAGGAUGCUGCGGAUCUCCGUGUUCUUAUCUGUGCACCAUCGAAUGCAGCAGUGGAUGAGGUUGCAGGUCGUUUGUCAGGAGGGCUGCAGCUGGAGGGGGAGGAGAGGAAGGAGCAGCAGAAGCUUUCAGUGUCGGUUGUGCGGGUGGGACCGAAGUCGCAGGUCCGCCGAGACGUGUGGGAGCAAGUGAGUCUGGAAACGCUCGUCGCCAAGCGCUUGGCGCAUCUGAACAAGGAGGGCGAAGGAGGCGAGGAGGGGGAGCGAGAGAGCGCAAAGAGAAAGGGAGUAGACCUGAAGCAUCUCAAGGAGGAGGUAGAGAGGAUCACUGAGCAGUUGGACAAGGAUAUGGAAAGUUUGUCUUCAGAAGCAAAGAAAGAGUUGCAGGAGAGGAGGAACGUAAUGUUGACAGCGCUCAGUGUUCGCUCCGGGUCAGAAGGAAAGAUCAACUCCGAGCU